AUGGUUAAGCUCAGAAAAGCACCGCCUCCUGGCUAUUACACCUCCCAACACCACCGCAACAACAACAACGAAUCACUCGCUUCGCCCAUCAGCGUGAGCAGCAAUGCCGAUUCAGUGUUUUCACGGUAUAGAGCGAAUUCCGCGUCGACGGCUGGCACGGCGCCCUCUACAGCGCCGACCUCGCCGACGACCAACAACUCGUGCUCCCUAAAUAAUGAUGCCUGGUUUGAGAGGUUCCACGAUAGCACAGACGAGACCGACGAACUGCCAUCGCACGACCAGCUUGACCUGGUCGGUGACAUCCCGAUAUACGACUCUGAAGGCAACAGCAGAUCGUUCAGGAGCCUGUAUUCCGGCGAAAGCGUGAUUGGAGAGCGGCAAUUUGUAGUGUUCAUACGGCAUUUCUACUGCGGCGCAUGUCAAGCCUACCUCAAAGCCCUCACCACGUCUAUUGACCCGGCGACGUACUUCGGCAUGGACACCCCCACGUCCAUCGUUAUCAUCGGCUGCGGCUCGCCGUCGAUGAUCCAGCAAUACAAGGACUUCACAGGCACGAACUUUCCCAUCUUUGCAGAGCCCACGCGGCGACUGUACAAGGGGCUCGGCAUGUCCUGGACGCUCGACGCGGGCAAACAGCGCCCAGCGUACAUGCAGGAUAUCAGCAAGCCCCAGUGGGUUGCCGGACAGAUCAAGCAGAUCAGGGGCGUCAAGGGCCUGCGCAUGAAGCUAGCAGGUGGCAAUCCGUUGCAGGUUGGGGGAGAGUUUCUGUUUAGUGAGGAAGGGGUUGUGUGGUGCCAUCGUAUGAAGAAUUAUAGAGGGCACGCGGAGGUAGAGACUGUACGGCGAGUGCUGGAGAUCGACUGA